AGAAAUUAAAUUGCUUAUAUAAUAUGCAAUAUAUGUUAUAUGAAAUCCAGAUAUGUAUACAUAUAUAUGAAAUCCAUUGAUAUACAUAAACAUAUAAAAUCUAUUUUGCAGGUUUUGCUUACAAGUGCUUGGAAUGUAUUAAACACUUAGUACAUGCCAGUCAUUAUGAAGCAAUCAUAGACUCUCUGACCUGGACAUGACCUAACAAGCAGCACUUGUUAAGCACCUAUAAAUUACUGACCGCUCCUUGCCAGAUUAUCUCAAGUAAUGCUGACAAAUCCUAUGAGGGUGGUGAUAUUAUCACUUCCAUUUUAUAGAUGAAGAAACAGAGGUGUAGAGAGGUUAACAUGUACAUAUGUACACACAUAUAAUAUACAUACAUACAUAUAGUAUACUACGUUUGUAUGUAUAUAUGGAGAGUAUAGUAUAUAGUACAUAGUAUAUAGGAUUCCCCGGUUGUUCAGCUGGUAAAGAAUCAGCUUGCCAAUGGAGGAUACGCAAGAGACGUGGGUCUGAUCCCUGGGUCAGGAAGAUCCACUGGAGGAGAAAAUGGCACCCCACUCCAAUAUUCUUGCCUGGAAAAUUCCAUGGACAGAGGAGCCUGAUUGGUUACAGUCCAUGGGGUCGCAAAAGAGUCAGACAUGACUGAGAACACACGCACGCAGCAAGCAGCACACAGAGAUGGGGCUCUCUUGUCAGAGCCACUUAAGAGGCAGAAACGGAGAAAGUCCAGGGAAGAUGCUCCUUCAGUCAUCCAGCAACACUUCCACAGAACUGCUACUUGGUAAGAACAGACAGCCAUAAUGGAGCGCAAACCCCAGAAGAGUUCAGGCAAACAAUUUACAUUCUAUUAUGAAAAAGAAGUCUGCAAACAAGAUUACUUUAUUAAAUCACCACCUCCUCAGCUUUUCUUCUCUGCGACCUCUUGGAAAAAGCGGUUUUUCAUUCUGUCAAAGAGUGGGGAAAAGGACUUUAGUCUUUCGUAUUACAAAGACCAUCAUCAUCGAGGUUCUAUUGAAAUUGACCGAAAUUCCAGUGUAGAAGUUGGCAUCAGGAGCCAUGAAAAAAUGCAGUCUGUACAGAAGAUGUUUAAAUGUCACCCUGAUGAAGUGAUGUCCAUCAAGACCACUAACAGGGAAUACUUCCUCAUUGGCAGUGACAGGGAGAAGAUUAAAGACUGGGUCUCCUUCUUGUCUUCACUCUGCCGGGAUAUAAAAGCAGCGCACCAGAAUACAGAGCAGGAGAAACUCUCAUCAGGUGAUAAAAGGCCCUCUUCAGACCCUCUCCUUGGACCUUUGCGCAUGCCAGAGGCUGUCAGCGCCACCAUAGCAAGAAACAGUCUUCCAGACAUGCGUUUAGUGAAAGAACAGUCUCCAGGACUCAGAGAAGCUCGCCUAUCGCAUGACUUCUCAUCAGAAAUCUCUCAAGAUUCAGAAGAAGACAGCCAUUAUAUUAGUCCUCGGAGCAUUCUUUUAGAGUUGGGUAAUAUUGCUCCCAAUGAUUCUGGUGAACUCACGGACCCCAUUGGACCUCGUAGUCCAGACAAGGUCUCCAAGACAGCUGAGUGUCAUUACUUGUCAAUGAAAUCCUGUCUUCUCAAAGAGUUGUCCCUUGAGUCUGUUGAUGGCAAAGAGGAAUUUCAGCCCCUGGCAGAGAUCCAGAAUGGGGAGCUUCAUCAGCAAGAGCAAGCCUCAGGAACUCACUUUUAUCUUCCACCUGACAAUUCCGAAGCACAGACCACGAAUGACGCAACGCAGUCGGCCUCACUAACUGUUGUGCAAUUGUCCAUAUUAAUCAAUAAUAUCCCAGAUGAAAGCCAAGUGCAGAAACUGAACGUGUUCCUUUCUCUUCCUGACAUCAAAAAUUAUCUUGUUCUCAAAGAAGCUGCAGGACGGAUAUGUGUGGCUCAGUGGGAUGCCCCCGCUCGUCUGGGAUGCUUAUUUUUCCAUGGAGAUCACCUUUUGGCCGUGAAUGACCUGAAGCCCCAGAGCCUGGAGGAGGUCUCCUUGUUUCUCAGCCGGUCCAUCCGGAGGGAGAAAGUAAAACUCACCAUCGGUCGUAUCCCAAAUUCAGAGAAAUUUCACACAAUAGCCUGUACGUGCUCCUUACAAGACCAAGGUGUUAAACCUUCUCAACUGGUUACAUCUGUACUGGAGAGUACACUGAAAAGGACUCCAGCCAUUAAAAGAGGUCAGCGGAAAAGAUCUGGAGAGUAGCGUGCUGGGGCCCACCUCCACCAAGCCAGGACGGGCUUUGGACUCUGUGCUGGUCUCUGGCCCUCACCACUGUGUGACCCCAGGCAGCCAGCACACCUCUCUGAAUUUCUCCAUCUGCAUCUUAACAAUGGAACUAACCCUCGCCUCUCUGGCUUUAGCAUCAGGGAUGCUGGAGAGGUCCAAAUGGAAUAAUGUCUAUGGAACCCAAUGAACAUGUAAGGCCUUAUUAUCUCAGACUUUGUCCCAAACACCACAGACAGAGAUUGGGUAAGUUUCUCAUCUAAAAUGCUCUGUGUGUUCUGUGAGGUCAUGGUCCACACAAUCUCUUCUUUGUUAGGGAAUGGACAGUUGGAAAUACUCAUUCUGGGAAGCCAAGAUUCCCCAGGGAGAUGUGAUACCAUAUCGGCCUUCCCAAACACCUCCUGUUACUCAUCAUGUCCAGAAUGUUGAGACAUCAGUGGCCUCUUGGAUUCCAUGAUCGUCGUGUUUUCUUAAAGACUCAGGAAGAAUUUUAGAAGUCAAAUCAGUUUGAAGGUUAUAUCCAGCAAGGUUGCUUGUUCUACGAGUACCAAGAGAACUGCUUAGCACUUGAAAGCUUGAAGGGUCUAAACUACUUGAUGGGCUUCCUAGGUGGUGCUAGUGGUCAAGAACCCACCUGCCAAUGCAGGAGACAUAAGAGACUCGAGUUCAAUCCCUGGGUCAGGAAGAUUCCCUAGAGGAGGGCAUGGCAACUCACUCCAGUAUUCUUGCGUGGAGAAUCUCAUGGACAGAGGAGCCUAGCGGGGUACAGUUUAUAGGGUCUCAAAGAGUCAGACAUGACUGAAGUGACUUAGCACGCACGCAAGUAAUUGAUGCAUUAAACUCACUGAUCCUGAAAGGUGGGAAGUAUUUUUUCUCAUAAAUAAGAAAACAAAUUCAGAGGACUAAAAAGGAUGAAUCAAAGCAAGGAAUGGUAGAGCAAAGGACGGCUUUGGAAAAUCGUACUGGGUUGCCGUUUUACACAGGAAGAAAUAAGGCCUCUGAUGUUUACUGAUGUAUUUUUUUGUGGCUCCUGGUUUCAUAGCUAGUUAGUGGCAGAACCAAGAAUCUAAAAGCAGAUAUGGCAGAUGUCCUGAUGCUCUCUUUGGAUUGGGAUUUAGAUUUGAAAAGGCCUCUGCGCAUGGAUAGGAAGCACUGGUGGCUCAGAGUAAAGGAUCUGCCUGCAAUUCGGGAGACCCGGGUUUGAUUCCUGGGUUAGGAGGAUCCCCUGGAGAAGGCAAUGGCAACCCAUUCCAGUAUUCUUGCCUGGAGAAUCCCAUGGAAGAGGAGCCUGGUGGGCUGCUGUCCAUGAGGUCACAAAGAGUCAGACACAACUAAGCAACUAGCACUUCCAGCACAUAGAUGAGACACUCAAAGACAGUUUAUUUUCUGUCAUCUAGAUUGUACAGAAAAGUAUUCAGAUUUUUAUUCAUAUGCCCUAUUGGAUCUGUUUCUCUAUUUUUGUAAAGCUCUAUUGGAAUUAAGACUCUACAUUUUUUCCAGUUUUACUGAGAUGUAGUGGACAUAUAACAUUGCAUUAGUUUAAGGGGUACUGUAUAAUGAUUUGAUAUGUGUCUAUUGACCUACUGUUUCCACUUCUAGAAAUUUAUCCUGUGGAAAUACUCACACAAAUACACAAAGAUAUCCGUUAAAAAGUUGUUCACAGUAGCAUUGUUUGUUACAACACAACAGAAAUCCUUUGGGAAUUGCUUAAUUAUAAUGACUUCAUGUAAGUGAUCGCUCUGUGGAUGUUCGAAGCUUCACAUUUAGGAUCAGGAAAGAUGUUCACAAUGCCUUAAGAAUGAAAGGAGCGGGUUGCAGUACAGUAAGUGGAGCAUCAUCACAUUUUUACAAAAAUGGCUGGGGUUGGUAUGUAUAAAAUUUCCCUAACCCUAAUUAGGAAAGAAAUUCUCACCUCGUGGGGGUUGUUGUGAAGUUGAAAUGGAUGGUCUGCAUACAGCAUCUGACACAUUGCCUGACGGGGAGUGAGCACUUAGUAAAGAUUAGCCCUGCCACUGCUGCUCAGACAAUCAUUUUUUUUGGUCUUCUUAGAACAUGCAUCUCGGAGAAGGCAAUGGCACCCCACUCCAGUACUCUUGCCUGGAAAAUCCCAUGGACAGAGGAGCCUGGUAGGCUGCAGUCCAUGGGGUCGCUAAG